CGGUCACUGCACCCAAUGGAAAGAAAAGAGUGAGCCAUCUCGCUCUCAACAGCUUCACAUAGGCGCGAGCUGUGGCCAGGCUGGCGGGUUUGUGACCUGUGGAGGCGAGCGCUGAUCAUUCGUGCUCAUGGCUUCCAGGGUCAUAAACCAAAGAAGACACAUGGGACUUCAACAACUUGCAUCAUUUGCAGAAACAGGAAGAAGUUUCCUAGGCCCACUAAAGGCCUCCAAGUUUAUUAUGGAUGUAGAGCAUCAUGAAAGCGUGUUAAUCAGCUCAACACUCAGGCUUCUUGGAAGUUUGGAUUUAACCAGUGCAGUGGGGCAGCUUCUCAAUGAAGCAGUUCAAGCACAAAAUGGCACAUACAGAACUGGAAUCAGUACUCUUUUGUUUCUUGUUGGUGCGUGGAGUAGUGCUGUUGAAGAAUGUCUCCACCUUGGUGUCCCCACUGCAGUAAUAGUAUCAGUAAUGUCAGAAGGCUUGGACUCUUGUAUUGAAGCACUAGUUUCCCUUCAAGUACCCAUCCAUGAUAUAUCUGAUCAUAUGAACAACACAAGUACAGCUUACAAAGAAACAGUUGAUGUCAGUUUGUGUCCUUUUGUACAAGUUCCUUCAGAUACUGGUUUGGUAGAGAAAAAGCAUGAUUUCAAAGAUCCUGAGUUUCAAUUAGUGGCCACUUACAAUCUUUGUGGGAAACUUGCUAAAUCACCUAAAUUCUUCAAACCUUGGGUUAAGGUUGAAACAGAUAAAAACUUACCACAUGCUCUGAAAAACAGCCUGCAUACAGACACCUACCACAGAAAGUCAGCACUAACUCACAGUAGGUAUUUUCAUAGGACAGAUAAUAGCCAUUGGGUAAUCAAGCCUGAUGGAUUUCUAGAAUGUGGUACAACUUCUCCCCAAACUUCCAGAUGUAAUGAUUUAGCAGAGUUAGCAGCUGGCUUGAGCCAUGGAGACCACAGCAGUAUGACAAUGGCAGAAGCUGCAGUGAGACUGCAGUGGCAGAAUUUGUGCCUGCAGCAAGCCAGCCGCACGAUGCCACUUGUGUUUGACAUUUCAAGACUCCUCACUUACUGUCUCCCAGGCUUACCUGAAACUUUUUCUUGUGUUUGUCUAGGAUACAUCACUGCUGUACCUGAGUCUAGUUUUACUCUGAUCAAGGAAUUGCAGAAUCAACCUGUCCGGGUAGCUCUCAUUGAGGGUGACCUCACAGAGAAUUACCGCCACCUGGGAUUUAAUAAGUCUACAGAUAUUAAGACAGUGUUACAUAGUGGGAAGCUCCCAAUAAAGAGCUCAGAAGAACUGUGGACAAAUCAUGUGUUACAGGUGUUAAUCCGGUUUAAUGUGAACCUCAUCCUAGUACAAGGAAAUGUAUCUGAACACUUGACUGAAAAAUGCAUGCACAGUAAGCGGCUGGUAAUUGGGUCAGUUAAUUGCAAUGCACUGCAGGCAUUUGCAGAGGCUGCAAGAGCAGUGCCAGUGACCUAUGUUACACAAGUGAAUGAAGACUGUGUGGGCAGUGGGGUCUCUGUGACUUUCUGGAGAAGUCCCCAAGACGUUAAAGAUCCUAUAGAUAGGAGCAACAGAAUGGCAAUCUUGUUAAAAACAGAAAGAAUUAAUUUGAUCACAGCCGUGCUCACUAGCCCAGUAAGUGCACAGAUGCAAACCAAGGAAGACAGGUUUUGGUCUUGUGCAUAUCGUUUGCAUCACGCUCUGAAAGAGAAAAAGGUCUUCCUUGGAGGUGGUGCUAUUGAAUUUUUAUGCCUUAGCCAUCUUCAAAUUCUUGCUGAGCAAUUUUUAAAUAAAGGAAACCAUGUCUAUUCAGGAUGGCUUCCUAGUAAUUCCUCUUGGCUGACCUCAUCUCUGUCAAUCUACAGACCUACUGUUCUGAAGUGCCUGGCAAGUGGGUGGCACAAAUACCUCUCAGCUGUCAUGUGUAACACUGCCUCUCACUCAUCAGCAUUGGAAGCCAGCAUGUUCAUUCAACAUCAUGUACAAAAUGCCAAUGACUCUGGCUCUCCUUCAUCUUACAUCUUGAAUGAAUAUAGUAAACUAAGUAGUGGAGUUUUUCAUCCAGAUAUUUCAAAUAACCUAGAGUGGGUUCCAAGAGUUUAUGAUAAUGUUAUACCAAAGAUUGAGGCUUGGCGCCGAGCCUUAGAUUUAGUACUCUUAGUACUUCAGACAGACAGUGAAAUUAUUACUGGACUUGUACAUACACAGAUGAAUUCAAAGAAAUUAAAUGGAGUUUUAUUUUUGUAAGGUUAUCUAAAUCUUUAAGACAUAAUAUUAAUAAAUUUUCUUUCAGUUUUUUUUUUUUUUUGGUGUAUGUGUGUGUGUAUGCGUGUGAGGUGUGUGUGUACAU